CUCAUUUGAUAGCUCAGCACUUCUCUCUCUAAAAAGCAACGAAAGUUUUGUAGAGAGACAGAGUUUCAAUCUCGAUAGAUCGAAACCCACAUUCAAUCUUCAUUUUCCGAUCAACCUAUUUUCAAUUUUCCGGGGAAACAAUUAAAAAGCUAAGAUUUUUAAUGAUAAAUGUGUCAGCUUUUGAAAUUAUCCGCAUGUGGAACUCACUGAAACGACACAGUUUCAAAAUUCCAGCUUUUCUUUUGGGGGCUUUUGAGCUGAUUUGAAGUUUGUGGAUAAGCAAAAUGAGGGUUUCUGAUAUUUUUGUGAGAUGGAUUUGUGGGUUUUGAGUGAGUGUUAAGAGGUUUGGAAGCUCAAAUUUGAGUGAGUUUUAGGGUGAGAAGCUGAGAUCUGUGUUAAUGGAUGUGGUUUGCUAGAAGUGGAUAGUGUACAUGAUUUUGUUAUUUAGGGGUUUUGAGCUUCAUAUGUGAUGAAAAUGAGGGUUUAACUGGAUUCUGUUGGUGGUUCUUGAAGAUGUCGCUGUUUAGUUGAGAAAAAUCUGAGGAUCGGGGUGAUGUUGUCAGCUGAUUUUGCUUGGUAGUUGUGUUCAAUUUUGGAGAUUUGACUGAGCCCACUUGAUUGUGAAUUUGGCAUGUUUGAGAGAUUUUGUGAUAAAAAGGCCAAGAUCUCUUCAAAAUUUCAGUUGGAUAAACUGUGUUGAAGCAAUGUCGGGUGCUCCUAGAGUAAGAUCAAUGAAUGUGGCUGAGUCGGAGACCAGGCCAGUCCUUGGACCUGCUGGGAACAAAACAGGCUUAUUGAGUGCACGGAAGCCUGCUUCGAAACCAUUGAGAAAGGUUGAGAAAUCACCCAUAGAGGUUAAAACAGCAGAGGAGAAGAAAUCUGUUGUUCCAUCAUCUAGGGCUACUACUAAGUUGUCACCUAAAUCUCAUUCUCUUAGUGUUCCAUCAGUGCUUCGCCGCCAUGAACAGUUGAUACAGUCUAAUUUAUCUCUGAAUGCCUCAUGCUCAUCUGAUGCCUCUACAGAUUCAUUUCAUAGUCGAGCAUCUACUGGAAGGUUGACACGGUCAACUAGUCUACGGAGUUGGAGGAAACCAUUUUCUUCAAAGCCAAGGAGUGUUGUUUCUGAUGGAGGGUUAGAUUUUCCACCAUCUGAUAGUUCGCUGACCAAGAAAAGGUGUGCUUGGGUGACCCCAAAUACUGAUCCCUGUUAUGCUGCCUUCCAUGAUGAAGAAUGGGGAGUUCCAGUACAUGAUGACAAGAAAUUGUUUGAGCUUCUUGUACUUUCAGGUGCUUUGUCUGAACUCACAUGGCCUGUUAUCCUUAGCAAGAGGCACAUUUUCAGGGAAGUUUUUGUAGACUUUGACCCCAUUGCAGUCUCAAAAUUGAAUGAGAAAAAGAUAAUUGCUGCAGGAAGCACAGCAAGCUCUCUAUUAUCCGAACUUAAGCUGCGUGCUAUCCUUGAGAAUGCUCGACAAAUAUCCAAGGUCAUUGAUGAGUUUGGAUCAUUUGACAAUUAUAUUUGGAGCUUUGUAAACCACAAGCCUAUAGUGAGCAAGUUCCGGUACCCUCGACAAGUCCCUGUGAAAUCCCCAAAAGCGGACGUGAUAAGCAAAGAUCUUGUGAGACGGGGAUUUCGGAGUGUGGGGCCCAGUGUUGUCUAUUCAUUCAUGCAGGUCGCAGGGAUAACCAACGACCAUCUCACCAGUUGCUUCAGGUUCCAAGAGUGUAUAGCUGCUGCUGCUGCUGAGGUGAAGGAAGAAAACGGCGUCCCUGAUAAGGACAAGGGCAAGAAAAUGGAUGGCACAAUUGAAUCAAAAUUAUCCAUAUCUAUCGAUGCAUUAAGUCUCUCCUCAGAAUGAUGAGCACAAAACAAAAAGAAGUCUGGGUUUUGUGUCAAAAAGAAGUCUGGAUUUGUGUAUAAAAAUUUCAUGAAUUCUUAUGCAUCAUGGAUUUGUAGAUUGUAGAUUACUGAAAGUGAAAUUACAAUUAACUGGUGGUGAUUUGUGAGGAUGAUUAGAGGCCUAUCUGUCCGUCACAGAGAGCCUUUACAAGUUGAUGUACAAUUUUUUGUACAGUUAAGAGAAAAAGGUUAAUUAGUAAGUAGAAAUUUAUCUAA